AGUUCUUGCUUCAACAGUGAUUGAACGGAACUCUUCUGUCUUUGUCACUUCAUCCAAUUUCUUUAAAACAAUAGUUUAAUAAACAACAUUUUUAUCAUUCAUUUUGAUAAAAAGUAAGAAAAUUUGUUGAAAUGGAGUCUCAGAUCCGCCAGAACUACCACCGUGACUGUGAAGCAGCCAUCAACCGGAUGAUCAACAUGGAGAUGUAUGCCUCUUACACUUACACAUCAAUGGCUUACUAUUUCUCCCGUGACGACGUGACUCUGCCUGGCUUCGCUCACUUCUUCAAGGAGAACAGCGAUGAGGAGCGUGAGCACGCUGACAAGCUGCUCUCCUUCCAGAACAAGAGAGGAGGACGCAUUUUCCUGCAGGACAUCAAGAAGCCUGAUCGUGAUGAGUGGGGCAGUGGGCUGGAGGCCAUGCAGUGUGCUCUGCAGUUGGAGAAGACUGUGAACCAGGCCCUGCUGGACCUGCACAAGAGUUCCUCUGACAAGGUCGACCCCCAUCUAUCUGACUUCCUGGAGACCCACUACCUCAUUGAGCAGGUGGAGGCCAUUAAGAAGCUGGGCAACUACAUCACCAACCUCACCAAGAUGGAUGCCGCCAACAAUAAGAUGGCAGAGUACCUGUUUGACAAGCACACCCUGGGGAGCAAGAGCUAAACUACAGCCUCUAGGCUCGUACCAGGACCCCUGGCUUUUUUUUUCUCUCCUGAUGGAUUUUCAUAUAUGAAAAUAAGUGUCUACUGUAAUCAACUACAGAGCAAUGUAACAAAAUAUAUUGAUACCUAUAGAUGGUCAAUAACUGUGUAAUAGAUUUGUGGAGGAAGGCUUCUGGUAAAUAUAUGCCAAUGUUUUAGAGUAAUGGAUGUUGUAGCAGUCUAUGCAAGCACUGUUCUUUUCGAGCAUCACAAAACAUUAAGUCCUACUCCUGAAUUUGUUGAAUAAAUGUUGAGCUGGGUUUGCUGUCUGCUUUUUGGUUUUACAGCAAAUUCUAGUUACAAUGAGACCAAA